AUGCAAAACCAAAGCGUUGUAACUGAGUUUGUGCUCCUGGGGCUCUCACAGAAUCCAAAUGUUCAGAAAAUAUUAUUUGUUGUAUUUUUGUUUGUAUACCUAGCAACUUUUGGGAGCAACAUGUUGAUUGUAGUGACCAUCCUCUGCACGCCUGCACUGUUGGGAUCCCCCAUGUACUUCUUUCUGGUUUUCCUGUCUUUCCUCGAUGCCUGCUUCUCCUCUGUGAUCACCCCAAAGAUGAUCGUGGACUCCCUCCGGGAGAGGAAAACCAUCUCCUUUGAAGGCUGCAUGAUCCAGCUCUUUGCUGAACACUUCCUGGCUGGUGCUGAAGUGAUUGUCCUCGCAGUCAUGGCCUAUGACCGCUAUGUGGCCAUUUGCAAGCCCUUGCACUACUCCUCCAUCAUGAACUGGAGGCUCUGUGGCAUUCUGAUGGGGGUGGCCUGGACAGGGGGCUUCCUGCACUCCAUCAUCCAGAUCCUUUUUAUUUUUCAUCUUCCCUUUUGUGGUCCUAAUGUCAUUGAUCACAUCAUGUGUGACUUGUAUCCAUUCCUGAAGCUGGCCUGCACUGAUACACACAUCUUUAGACUUUUGGUGAUUGCAAACAGUGGGUCUAUCUGCAUUAUCAUCUUCUCUUUAUUGCUUGUCUCCUACAGUGUCAUCCUUCUCUCUCUGAGAACACACAGCUCCGAGGGGCGGAGGAAAGCCCUCUCUACCUGUGCAUCUCACAUUACGGUUGUGGUUUUGUUCUUUGUCCCAUGCAUCUUUACAUAUCUAAGACCUUCAUCCGCUUUCUCCUCCGAUAAAGUUGUGGCCAUAUUUUGCACCACGAUAAGUCCCUUGUUGAAUCCUUUGAUUUACACCAUCAGAAAUAAGGACAUGAAACAUGCGAUGAGGAAAAUGUGGAAUAAACUAGAAGUGGUUUCUAAGAAAAAAUGA